GACAUAAUUUAUUUUGCAUGAUAAAUGUUACAUUCAGAAGUCAUAUUUACAAUCCUUGUAUAUAACUGAAAAAAAAAUGAUAUUAUUAGAACUCAUAUAGUUUCACUAAAUACUUGUGUACUGUAAACCAACCUUUUUUUCCGCGACAACCUUAUAUCGCAAUUUUUCAGAACUUAAACUGGUUCGCGACGACUAUUUUGUGAUCAAGCUUUAUUCACACUUGUAUUUACCGCCAUACAGUAAAGGCUAGUUCACGGCGAGAAAUAUUCGCGACAACGUGGCUCUCGCGAAACUCGCGAAUAUAUCUGGCACGUGAAUAAAAGUUGGUUUACAGUAUUUCGAAUACAAAUAUUAACAAAAGGGGAGGAAGUACUCGUCCGUUUUAACAUGCGCAUAGGUUUGACUUAUCUUUAAAAAGUCCAUGAAUAAAUACAGGUUUCAUAUCAUGUUUUAAAAAGAGAAAUAAUGGUGGUUAAGUAUCAACUUUUCCGAAUAUAAACAAACUUCAUAGAUGAUAAGAAACAGAAUUAUUUAUUUUAGACAAACAAUAUCUUUUUAUCAAUGAUGGAAAAAGGAUAUUUUUGUCCAGCCUGAAUGUAAACAAUCAAUAUUUCCGUUUUAAACAAUUGAUAGUCUAUAAACAGAUAACAAAUUAGCCACUGUGUUAUUUAUGAUACUGGAACUUUUUGAAGAUAAUUGGGUCAUCAAAUCACUCAGUACAUUGGGCAGUGAACCAAGAUUCAAUUUAUCCCUUUAUUCUGAACACGAUACUCUUUAAUAUAGGGAAGUUUUUUAAUGUGCACUGACCAGUCACAAUUUUUUUGCUACAAAUAGUCAUCAUUUUUAAGAGAGAGAGAGAGAGAGAGAGAGAGAGAGAGAGAGAGAGAGAGAGAGAGAGAGAGAGAGAGAGAGAGAGAGAGAGAGAGAGAGGUGUUGAAACUUUCGGGUAAAUGAUUAAACUUAAGAUAUGAUCCGUAAGUUUAGGGAGAAAAUGAAAAAGAGUAUCUGAGGGAAAGUUUUACUUAACACACGCUGAUCAUUUUGGUUCAUUACAUUUAAUCUGGGGAUUAGCAUUUUAAUUCUAAUUUGGAUAAUUCUGUUUCGAUCUGUUUUAUUAAAAUAUUCAUUAAAUAUCAUACCUUGUAAUUAUUCGAAAAAAAAACUUCAUGAUUAAAAAAAAAAAACAAUUCAAUAAACAUAGUAUUUACUAAUUAGAAUUUUUUUUCCCCAUAAUAACAUGGAUAUGUAUAUUGUAUUUCGGGUCUUUUGAUUCAGAAAAUAUAUAUUCUUUUUAGUCAAUAUUUAUUUGCUGACCAAAAUUCGUUAAGAUUUACAUUGGUGAGAAAUUAAAUUGAACAGAAUUUAUUAGACUUAGUUUAGGGUGGCAUUUCUACCAACAUUUUUAAAUUUAUUUAUUAUAUUACUUUCAAAAAUUGAUACAUAUAGAUCAACCUUUCUUUAGCCAAUUGGAAAUUUCAUUCCUUACUAAGAGGUUUGACGUAUCGUUUCCUAAUCUCCCCACAGAAUAUUAUAUAGGGAUGAGUACUCUUGUUAUGAAUUGAUGAAUUAAUCUAGGUGUCAGUGCGUAGUUCAAAAUAUUCAUUAAGAAUGGCCAAGUAAACAACAGCAAAAAGAAUACGUCAUGUGACACUAGGAUCGACUUCCGCCUCAUCCAGACGACAAUAGGGGUGAGGACUAUAUAAGUGUUCCUCGUCUUACCCUCUCAUAACACCGUAGCUUUUAGACACAAUUUGAUCUUAUCGUCAUCUAACUAACAAAUCGAGCAUGGAUAACAGCUCUUUCUCCGGACAAAUCCUGCCGGCCCCCGUCCAGGGGUACCGCUUAAUCCACGGGUACGUUAGUGGAACCAUCUGCUUUGUUGGGAUUAUUCUGAACAUCCUGAACGGCUUCGUCUGGUCGAGGAAAAACAUGAGGACAUCUACCAACGUACUGCUGACUGUUCUCGCCUUUACAGAUGCAAUGUCGCUUUUUCUUUACCUUGUGUACGUGACUUAUUUCUUCACGGCAACCGGGCCGAGUGAACUGUUAUACCAUUCUAAAGGAUGGAUGUAUAUUGUUGUAAUAUGUUUUCAUGAGUUUAUAGCGUUUCACACUGUUUCGAACUGGCUUACCAUAUCUUUGGCCAUAUUCCGGUAUCUGAAGGUCUGUCAUCCAAACGUUGCGAAGAGAUAUUGCAACCUUGCUAGAGCCAAACUGACUAUCGGCAUCGUCUUCGUAGUAACAACACUAGCCACCGUGCCCUUUUAUCUGUACUAUGAAGUUUACGAUUCCUCGGAGGACAAUUCUAACUUAACCGGUUACUGGAUUCGAAAAACACAAUUUGCCAAAACACAUGUGGACUAUCAGGUGACACUCCUGUGGUUGUACGGGGUGAUUUUUAAAGUCGUUCCGAGUACGGCCAUGAUCGUACUGAGUGCCCUCCUUAUUAGAAAGCUCCGACACGCAAUGAAACGGAAAGACCAUCUCAAAGCCAGUCCGAGCAAACAUCACGCCAACAUCACCACCGGAUAUGGCCGGACAAGCAUCAUGCUUGUCGUCAUCGUUUUGAUUUAUAUUUUGAUGGAGUUACCAGUGGGCAUAAUGGCCUUUUUGUCCGGAAUUGAGGGAGGGGAGAGUCACUUCUUCUACUUCCUGUUAUACUCUUACGUCGGAGACAUUAUUGACAUGACUGUCCUCCUUAACGCUACCCUAAAUUUCUUCGUUUAUUUCUGUAUCAGUAAACAGUACCGCGCCGUGCUGAAGGCUCUCAUUCGGAACAAGUUCUCCAAAAUAUACGAGAUCAGCGUCAGUCACGGUGAGCACACGGGAUCUCACGAGAACACGGACAAUAUGGAACUCUCCACUUCCGCUGCAGAGAAUACUCAUAGAAAACUUCGAAUCUGGAAUUCCAUCAAGCAAAGCUUUAGGAGAUGAUGCUGAGAUUUGGACACAAUUUGUCAAUACUGAUGAAAUGACUCGAUAUUAGCCAUGUUGGUUUGUUAUUGUGGCUAUGCUACAGUGUAUCUAUACCGGUGUAUACAGUUUUAUAGUACAAUUUAUUCAAAAUGAAGUUUUGAAGAAAACGGCCGAUGUGUUCAUUUGUUACAACCAUUACCUGUAGGAUUUAAUGUUAACAAAUUUUAUAAAUUAUAUUGAUGAUUACUGUUGAAUUUAAUGUUAACAAAUUUGAUAUACAUGUUUAUUUAUAUAAAAUUAAAUGAUCACAUACAAGCAAUAAAAUCCUUUUUCACUUUGA